UAUUGUUUGUAUAAUAGAUGGUGGGAUCAUCAAGUAGCACCCUGAAAUCAGCAAAGAGCGAGUCGUCGGAGGAUGUAAUUGCUAAACCUAAGGAGCGAACUAGGAGUGAAAAUUCUGUGUCCGAUCCUAUCCAGAUUAAUGCUCCCGUGACUAGUAAGCCAAGAGAAAGAACUGGUAGUUUUGAGAGCACAAAAAGUUACGAUGAGAAGAGAAGCCGAAGUCUUGAGGAUAACGAAAAUAAGGAGGCGUGUUUAGUGCUGUUGCAAGGCGGCAACCGGAACUACAGGAAGGUGCAAUCGUUACCAUUCCGGAACUCAUUGACUGACGUGUACUCGAUGGGUCAAUGGGACUUUCCAGAAAAAUUAACAAUGCUGGAGAAACAUUAUUGUACUAUACAUCUACCAAUCAAAGACAGCCACCACUCAUUCUCUAGUCUUCUAUACCUCAAUCCAGAGGCAUUCAAAGCUGUAGGUAACUUGGCACCGCCAGAUCUUACACGUUUUGGAUCUUACAGUUCCCCGGCCAUUUCUGACUUUCUCAAUACUGAUUGUGACGAGUGCCGAUCACAGCUUGAAGCUAAAAAGAGGCCACAGAGUUGCUAUUACUUCAGUAAUGCUUUUGAUGGUUUCAACAUGGUUCCUUCCUUGAAACCCCUGGAGACGUUGCAUAACAACCUCACCAUGCGUGACCUUGAUGUGUUCCUCAGCCGUGCCACAACGACCAAGUUCUUUACACCUGUGUCUUCACCCAUGUAUGGACCAACUCCUCUAGCUUCUCCCAGAUGCCCCGAAUUAAAGAAAGCGAAAUCACACAGUGGUCCCAGCUUGCCAUCAUCCAGUAACUCAAGUGCUGGUCCAUCUUCGCCGACGUCUGCAUCAACUCCUGUAGACUUUAUCAAUAAACUGAGGUCGUACAUCAUUGACAGUACUAAAAAUGAGCAACAGGCAUUAGCUGAUCAUGAGGCGGAGGCUGAUCCAAGUCAGCAAUCUUCAACUUAUCAGAAACAAGAUAGUAUUGACAUAACAUUAAAUCAGCCAACCAAACUUGGUGUUACAUCUGAAUCAAAACAGACUGAUUCUCUGCAGACUUCUCCAAAGUCAGACUGUAUACCAGCUGGAAACUCAUCUUCAUUAGCUCCAUCGGGAAAAACAGGGCACCAGUCAGCUUUUAAAACGGUCAACAGAUCAAACAGUCAGAAAAGUGUAUUUUAUGUUUCACAGGUUUCAGAAGAAAGUCUAGAAAAGAAAAAUUCUGCAGAACAGACAUCCGAUAAUGAAAAGAAAUCUGUUGAAGGAAAAAGUGAUGAGGGAAGUGAAGACAAAAGUUGAUAAAAUUUAUGUUUAGCAAACCCCUUUCCUAAUGAAUUUUUACACUAGCUCCUAAGAUAAAUUUAUUUUGACAGUUUAUUUUUAAGUUUCUUUGUUUAUUGUUGCAUAAUAUGAGUGAUUUAACAGUAUUAUGUUGUAAAAUGGGUAACCAUUUUUUUUUUACUCAAAAAAGCUCAUCUGUCACAAAGUGACA